GUUUUCUUACAUCCGACAAGUUAAAAUUUGUUGUUGUGCAAAAUCAGAAAGAAAGAAAGAAAGACGAUCACGAAAGAUGGCGACGGAGAGUUCUUCUGCUAAGAGAUGGCUUCCACUUGAAGCUAACCCAGAGGUUAUGAAUCAGUUUCUUUGGGGGCUUGGGCUUGAACCAGAUGCGGCGGAGUGCAAUGACGUGUUUGGAUUAGACGACGAACUUCUUGAGAUGGUUCCAAAGCCUGUCCUUGCUGUUCUCUUCCUUUACCCUAUCACCAAAAAGAGUGAAGAAGAGAGGAUCGAGCAAGACAAGGAAAUCAAGGAGAAGGUGCAUAGUGAUAAGGUUUACUUCAUGAAACAAACUGUGGGUAAUGCUUGUGGAACCAUUGGUCUUCUCCAUGCUAUUGGCAACAUUACCUCUGAAAUCAAGCUUUCUGAGGGAUCUUUCUUGGAUAAAUUCUUCAAAUCCACUGCCAAUAUGACUCCCAUGGAGCGUGCAAGGUUUCUUGAGAAUGACAGUCAAAUAGAAGAUGCUCAUUCUGUGGCGGUUACCGCUGGUGAAACACCGGCUACAGAUGACGCAGACACACAUUUCAUCUGUUUAGUGUGUGUAGAUGGUGAGCUCUAUGAACUCGAUGGAAGGAAAGCUGGACCAAUUUCACAUGGUGCUUCCUCUCCAGCUACCCUCUUGAAGGAUGCGACGAAGGUAAUGAAGAAGUUUAUUGAUAAGAAUCCGGACACUCUCAACUUCAAUGUGAUGGCCAUCUCUAAGAGAACCUGAGGUUUUUCUUCAAGAAGCAAAGAUCAGUAGUCUUGUUUCUGCAUUUAUGACUUAACUAUCCACGCAGAUUUUAUAUCUUUGUGGAUUCUGAUUUACUGCAUUCUGAAUUUUUUUCUUCUUUUUUUUUGUUUCUGAAAAUCUUAAGGAGUUUAUGAUCAUGGUUUUAAGAGUGCA